AUGGACAGGAAAAAUAAAACAGAAACACAUCAAUUAUCUGGAACUCCUAGCAGUAAAGAAAGUGCUAGACAAAUGGAAGUAUAUAAACAACCAAACCAUUCUCAUUUGGAGCAACAACAAAAUGAUGUUAGAAUGUAUCAAAUGCCAAGUGAAUCUGAGAGCAGAACAUAUUUUAGGAUGACUCAACAUACUAGCAGACCAGGCAUCAUAAAAACAGAACCACCUCACUCUGAGUUACAUUUCCUGAAAACCAGACCCGAAGGCCUUAGUUACAGAUGCUUUUCAAGUUCCUUAGAAGGGUUGGAAUAUUUGGGCAAACCCAUUAUAGGUUCUCCUACCCAAAGUAUUAUGCAAGUAGAUAUGAUUGCAAGAUGGAUUAAGGAAAUUUUAAAGGAAGCAUCUUCAAACCUAAAAACCAAGGAUGCAAGAUUGUUAGCAGCAUUUUAUACUCAGAAUUCAG